AUGUCCCUAUUAGAUGGACGCUCGUCCAUUGACAUACGAAUAUUCAAAAAAAUUAGGUCUAAAAAUUUUGGUCCCAAAAAAGUUUUAAAAAACAAAAACACCUCCUCUGCUGCUCUUCUUCUUCAUCUUCGUUCCUCAUCUGCUGCUCUUCUUCUUCGCCUUCAUUCCUCAUCUACUGCUCUUCUUCUUCGUCAAAGUCAUCAGCCAUUGUUAUUAGUUCGGUUGCUGCUGGUUUUCAAUUCAAGUUUUGACAAAGCUAAUAGAACAUCCUCAAAAUCAUUUCGGGGUCCAGGCAUGACUGAAGGUCUGAAGAUCCUAGAGAAGGUUAAAACAGCAUAUGACCUUCCCAGAUCGUAGAUGUAUAUUUUCAUAGUGAAUUAGUGAAACUCAAAGCAAAAAUAAAAUAUGAUGACUAACAUG